AUGCUACUCAAAUUUCUUAGUCGUUUCUUGGGGCUUCUUGGAACUUUUGAUGAGAAUGGUAUAAUUUCUAGACUUUCAAAACGUUUGCCAAGUACGCUUUACAAGUUAAGGAAGAACCUUGGGCUACUAGGAAAUGAUGAAUUUAUUAAAUAUGUUGUGUGCCCAAAGUGCAAAAACCUGUAUGAUUACAAAGACUGCAUCCAGAACCGUUGUGGAAGGCAAGUUUCAGCUCGAUGUAAGUUUGUACCAUGGUCAAGACACCCACACAGGAAUCGCAGAGGUAAGAAACUACAUAGCAGUCAGUUCAUUUUAUGUGCAUGUGAUGUAUUCCUCCUCAAACUCAUUAAUUAUUCUGAGGUUAUUGGCCAAUGAGUGGAAAGUAUUUUGUCACAUGCAUAAAACUAGAUACUUGAUAAAUAUGUAUAUCUGUAUUUCGUCACAUGCAUGAAUCCAGAUAUCCAAUAAAAACACAUCCAGAUCAUCAGUGAUCUGGAUAUAAGUUUCUACUGAAUAUCUAAAUUUAUGUGUAUGUUUAAGGCAAAUAAGAAAAUUACACUACAUUUGGGAAAACUUUCCUUUAGCAGUUUACCUUGCUCUUCACCCCUUUUCGGGAUGUGAAAACGGUUAACUGCAUUACUUUCUGCCAUAAUUAAGCUCCAACUAACCAUAGAGCUAUAAACUAAAUGAGCAAAACUACCAUAAAUUUAGCACACACUUUGAAUCCCCCAAAGAAACCCCAAAGAGACAACAGAUGGAUAGUUGCUGAUAAAAUGUCCAAAAUUAUGCAACCAACGAAAAGAGCAUAACAAUAAUGUGACAAUUUAGGUGAUGAUUGAAAUAGGCAGUUUGUGAAGCAAGCUAAAAGGCUCUUGCUUCAGGUUUGGUUGUGGCAUCCAAACAUCUCAAAACAAAUUAAACCAGCAGCCUUGUGCUUUCAUUUCAUGUUUCUCAACAUUUGGAUGCCACAAUCAAACCCUUGCACUUGUUUUUUUAUAUACUACAUCAAAGAUAUUGGGGGAGCAAAACUGGUGAGUUGCUGCAUUCUUAAAAUGAAGAUUAUUUUGCCUAUUAGAAAAACUGUGGACUUUUCUCAUCAUCUUGGAGAGGGUUUUCUAGAAGUGAACAAGUUCAAUGAGUAUCAAUGAGUACUCAGUAAGAAAGAAUUUUUUAUUUCUAUAUUAAAUUACAGGUUUUCCACAUGAGCUGGGUUUGUAUAACUUUUGAAGUUCUUUUCCUUAGGUCCUUGUGAUGAAAUACUACUAAAGACUGUUCAGAAUGGAACAAAAACAUUUCUUUAUCCAAGAAUGGUGUAUCCAUAUAACUCGAUUGUGAAGUCUUUGCAGCGUCUUCUGGCUAGACCUGGACUGUGGAACAAAUGUCAAGAAUGGAGAAAUCAGGUUUCCUCUGCAAAUGUUAAGACAGAUAUCUACCAAGGGAAUGUUUGGAGGAGCUGUCUUCAACUGGGUUUCUUUCAAACUCGAACAGCUUAGCUUUCAUGCUUAAUGUAGAUUGGUUCAGACCUCAUAAGCAUUCACCAGGAUCAGUUGGAGUUGUGUAUCUUGUUCUACUUAAUUUACCUCGUCAUGAAAGAUAUAGACUUGAGAACAUCAUAGUAACUGGAAUUCUGCCUGGACCUUCAGAGCCAAAGCUAACUGCCAACACUUUCCUUGAACCGCUUGUGAGAGAGUUACAAGCUUUGUGGGCUUGUAAGGAACGAUUCUCAGUUCUUGGUAGUUUUUUUAAACGACCAAUAAAGGUUGGACUCAUUUGUGUCUCCUCAGACAUUCCAGCCACAAGAAAAAUAGGGGGAUUUCUAAGUCACAUGUCAUCACAAGGGUGUUCUCGCUGUAAGAAAUCUUUUGGUUCUAGAGAUGGCCUCGAUUUUAGUGGUUUUGAUCGAGAAAACUGGAGCCCCAGAACAUCCUCUGAGCAUAAGUGUUCUGCAAAAAGAACAAUGGAUGAAACCAGCCCUACUGCACAACAAAAACUGUGUUCUCAGUUAGGUGCUAGGUAUUCAGUUCUGCAAGAACUAGACUAUUUUGACUGUAUUCGCUACUUUGUUGUGGACCCCAUGCACAAUCUUUAUCUGGGAACAGCCAAACACAUCAUGAAAAAUGUGUGGCUUAAUGAAAAAAAUGAUUUCAUAUCUGAUGAGGACUUUCAAAGGAUCCAAGAACUGGUCGAUGGGAUGACAGUGCCUCAAGAUAUUGGACGCAUACCUGGAAAGAUUGCCAACAGUUUUUCAGGAUUUACUGCUGAUCAAUGGAAGAACUGGACAGUAGUUUAUUCAUUGUUUGCUUUAAAAGGAGUUCUCCUGAAAACCACCUUGAGUGUUGGCGUCAUUUUGUCCUUGCCUGUAAAACUCUUGGAAAGAAAAUUUUACUGA